AUGCCUGGCUCUACAGGUAGGGAUGUCAUCACAUCUGCAUUCAACAUGUCGUCUGCGGCAUCUCUCUCGGUGCUCCUGGUCGCCUUUUUCCUUUCAAAUUCCUCCCUCAUCCCCAGUUCCUCCACAAGAGCCUACCUGCCGGACUCUCUCUCACUGUGCCGCGAAGAGCCCACUAAAGCACACACUCCUCUGCUGCGGUCCGCUGUUCCUUUCUUCGUUUUUGCGUGGGGGCUGGCGUCGCCGCCGGCUCUCUCUCAGCCCCGUCGUUCGUCGGCCUUCUCUUCUUUUUCGUCUCCCUCGCCUUUUCUCCGUCACGAUGUGACUCCUUUCCUGUCUCUGCCUUCUUCCGCGGCGCACAAUCUGCCACCCAUCAACUUUUACCUCGCAUCGUCUUCUAUCCCACUUUUCUUCUCGAUUUCCGACUACACAUCUAGAUUUCUAGAAUGCCCGCGUGUUGGAAAUUCGCCGCCGCGGCUCAGCCAUCAGCUCCCAAAAACCAUCCCAUGCUCUGCGUCGCUGGGGACGGAAAAUGUCACCCGUCCAAGUGAAUCUGACAUGCAUUUGCCACCUUACGGUGCCGCAGGGUCUCCUCGCACGCAGUCGAGGCCGCCGAAGAAGUCCGCGGGGCCUCCAGAGGGCACGGGCCUUCGUGGGCGCCCAGGUGUGGGCUUCAUUCGUUUAGCCUGUCGAGGCAGUCCGCGGUGGCGGCAGCGGGGAUUUCUCCCGUGGUUUCGUGCACUCUCUCGCCCGGUUUCAGGCUGGUGCGGCAGCUGCAUCAAUGCGCACUUUUACGGGCUCUCUGCCUUCCUUGCUGCCGUCGCUGCUCACGGCGGACUGUGGCAUCAUGGGGAACAGCCUGAGAGAUUUCAGACGGAGGGCGCAGGAGAAAAUAACUCAGCUCCCUCUCUCUAUGCGAGCCGGCGAUCCAACGGGGAUCACCCUCGCUUGGCGCUGCCAUAUAGCCUCGCGCAGCAUCCUCAUACACGCGGUUCGAGGAGGUUUGUUUUUCCCAGCAGUUGCCGUCGCGCGUCUUUGACCCCUCCACUCGCUGCGCACUCCGGAGCCGCUGUCGCCUCAGGGGCCUCUGAGCGAAAGAAGAAAAAGCACAAGCGAAAAAGGCGUGUGGAAGACGGCUUGGCCACGAGCGAGAUCGAUGACAUCUGGCGGGGGGACGGCGCGGCGGCGCGCACCCUGGACGCCAGCGACGAGCUGGACGAGAGGCGAAGAGAGGCGCUGAAGGCCCUCGAGGAUUUGGGAGACGACAGCGACGAUCCAGUGAUUGCCAACUUGAAGAAGCAAUUGCGAGAGCAAGUCGAGGGGGGCCCUGGGAGGCGCCCGAGCGCGGACGGAGAAACAAGCUCGCAGCGAGGUCUUCGCCGAGCGCGGAUCAGGCAAAAACCGGAGGAAGGCGACGCAGAGCCCCAGGAUGCGAUGGAUGAAAUUGCCAGGAUGGACAGAGAGGAGGAGGAAAGAGACCGCCUCGAGGAGAUCCGAAUGACGAAUCCGGGGCUUCUCUUUUCGACGCCCAAGGCGAGCCCUAAAGAGCCGGUCCCGGAGGUGUAUGUCCAGUCAGCGGAGAUCCGACUGAAGCGCAACCGCUGCAUAGGGUGUGGCGCCGCCUUCCAGACCCGAAACCCUGCCAAGGCUGCGUAUGUUCCCCCCCGUGUCCUGGAGAACUCCGCUUCGUGUGGCUCCGCGACGGACGCCGACUCGCCCACGCCUCUGGCGACGGCGCCUUUCUCAGUCUCAUCGUUGGAUCUCAGCGACCCGCAGUCGGCUGCGAAGGCUUUUGCCUCUGCAAGAGGAGAUGUGGAGAAAGUUGUAAGUUUGGCCGCUCGCGCCGAAAGCGUCGACUUUGAAACGUUUGUCAGUGCGCUUGCUGAGGCCGGAGGGGCAAACAAGCAGGAGGUCUUAGAUAAGUUAAGGAUUGCGUGCGACUACAACGGACACUACGUCGAGGACGAAAAUGAAGAGCAGGCGGGCGAGUCUGAAGCAGGCCAGGACAGCCAUCACACACACACCGAGGACCUUGGCUCACUGGAAAACACAAAUGAAGGGGAUGAACUAUUGGACAUCCAAGGCGAGAAGGAUAUCGCGGAUGCUACGCAGGAUUUAGAAGGCAUUCUCUCAAAUGUGCAAGAAAGAAGUGCGGACGAGACGAAGGACGGAGGCGGGCCCAAGCGAGGUGUGCAAGUGGAGACUAUGACGCUUUCAGAAGAGGAGCUCGGAGAGCUGCUUGGCGCGGAGGCCGCUAGGGCUCUCCGGCAGUCCUCCGACAAAGAGGAGGAGCGUGCGUAUGCGGCCGGACAGAAACCGGUCUUCUGUCAGCGGUGCCACGCCAUGCGAAGCGGAAAACAAAUAGAUGAGCGCCUCCGCGUGGGGUUUUCUGUCGGAGACGAUUUGCUUCAUCCCGAUAGAUUCAAACGCCUUAUCGCCUCCCUUCGCACAAAGCGGUGCAUCUUUCUGCUGGUUUUGGACUUGAUAUCACCCGAGCUCCUUCCGGCUUUGCCGGAGCUUGUCCGGGUCAACCCGCUGUAUGUGGCGGUUACAAAGUGCGACCUGCUGCCGGGCAGUCUUCGCAGGCACGACGCCCCGUUCAACUCAAGAGCUGAGGGGUUUCAAAAGCGAUGCGUCACCAACACCAAUGUAGUACGCAACUACUUUUUUCAGAUGCUGUCGCGAGCCUACGACCUCAGGAACUUCUCAGUGAAGAAUGUAUUUGCGAUCAGCAACAAAUCCGGGGCUGGUUUAACCCACUUGAUCAACGCGAUCGGGAAGGAGGCGAUUCGGCGAAAACGCCCUGUCUACGUGGUUGGUGCGGCAAACGCAGGGAAGUCUUCAUUCCUCAACAAAAUUCUCGCCAAGGCAUCCGCCGCGACAACGCACCCUGCUGCCAGUACACUGCAGAAGCCGCAGCUGAAGGGCAUCAAAGCAGCAGCGGCGGCAUCGGCGGUUCCGGGAACGACGCUAGAUUUCAUUCCCAUGGUGGUGAAUAGGAGCUGGAAGAUCAUCGAUACACCAGGCAUUUUCCUGAAAGGGAGUUACGCGAGUUUUCUCACUCAGGAGGAGCUUCAAGCUGCUGUUCCCUCCUCCGCUCUGCAUCUUUGUUCGGCCAGCGUUGCGGAGGGAAGGGGAGUUUGGUUGGGGGGCUUGGCGCGUGUAGAGCUGCUUAGCGACCGGAAUUGUUUCUUCUCCUUUUUCUUGAGCCGGUCGUUAAUGAUCCGUCCGUGCAAAGCGACUGGCGUUGCGGAGGAUAAGUUGGAAACCCAGAGGAGUCACCUAUUCCCGCCGUUCUCAUCAGAGCGUCUCCAAGCUCUCAGCCCUCUCACGCCCGUCGACUUCUGCGUUGAAGGCAAAGGGUGGGAGGAGGCGGCGGCGGAUAUCGUGUUGAGUGGCCUUGGAUGGAUCAGCGUCACUGGAUGCGGCCCCCUUCGGCUGCGGGUAUACGUUCCGGAAGAGGUGCGCGUCUAUCAGAGGCCCGCGUUGGUGGCGCGUGCCACUAAGGUCUGUCCCGCAGUCUCGACACGGCUUCUUCAGGAGAGAGCCGAUCGGCAAGUAGGGUUGCACCGGGCAUCACUCUUCCCUCGGCAACUUCCCACGCGUGCAGUGCAACACGCGGAGCCCCUUGCUUCUGAUCUACAGCAGUUCUUCCCCGAUGGUUUCAAAGAAGAGGGCUCUAGAUUAGACGAUGCUGUACAGUGA